CGUCGCGACCGACGCUGCACUGCUGCUGUUGCUGGUAAGAUGCCCGCGAAUGCGCGGCCGACUUGGAGUAUGCUGUGUGUAGCUGCUGCAGCGUGGGCGCGGGCUAGACAGGCUUCGCGCGGUCUGAUGCUGUCGACUCUUGCGAUUGCUGCUGGACAAUCCGGCAGGGCAGACAUCACACUGACCAGUCUGUCGCCCCUUCCAUCCCUGCCAUCCUUGAAGCUGUUCGAUCGACGUCUUGUUUCAAAAACACAUUCGAGACCAUACCUCGUACAUUACCAUUCGCCAAUUAUUACGACUCAAUCGCAGGCGUGUUCAAAAUGGCGAGCAAUGGCAUCGGUAUCGCGAAUCUGCCCAACCAGAGGCACAAAAUUGUGGCUAAGGCAGGUGGACACUUCACGUUGAUGGUCGUCGGCGAGAGCGGUGUGGGAAAGACCACGCUCAUCAACACGCUCUUCUCCACCGAGCUUGCAACUGGCAAGGACCACACUCGUCGUCAUGCCAAGCAACUCGACAAGACAGUCGAGAUCGACAUCAUUAAAGCCGAGCUGGAGGAGAAGCAGUUCAAAGUCAAGUUGACUGUGAUCGACACACCAGGCUUCGGAGACUACGUAAACAACCGCGACAGCUGGGCACCCAUCGUCGACUUCCUCGAUGAUCAGCACGAGAUGUACAUGAGGCAAGAGCAGCAGCCCGAGCGUUUGCAGAAGACUGAUCUUCGCGUCCACGCUUGCUUGUACUUCAUCCGACCUACCGGCCACACCUUGAAGCCCCUUGACAUCGAGAUCAUGAAGCGUCUCGGCACUCGUGUCAACCUCAUUCCCGUGGUUGCCAAAGCCGACACACUCAGCCCAAACGAUCUUGCUAUCUUCAAGCAAAGAAUCCGCGAGGUGAUCACUUCGCAAGGCAUCCGGGUCUACACUCCUCCCAUCGAGACAGAUGAUGAGGCUAGUGCAGACCACGCCAAGACUCUCAUGUCCGCCAUGCCCUUCUCUAUCAUUGGAUCCACUAAGGACGUUCAGACUCGUGACGGGCGCACUGUCAAGGGUCGCUCGUAUAUGUGGGGAGUUGCCGAAGUGGAGAACGAGGAGCACUGUGACUUUAAAAAGCUUCGCAGCCUGUUGAUCCGUACCCACAUGCUCGAUCUCAUCAACACGACCGAAGAGACUCACUACGAGAAUUACAGGCAAGCACAGAUGGAGACUCGCAAGUUUGGCGAGCCAAAGGUCAAGAAGCUGGACAACCCCAAGUUCAAGGAGGAGGAAGAGUCUCUUCGCAAGCGCUUCACCGAGCAGGUCAAGCUGGAGGAGCAGCGUUUCAGGCAAUGGGAGGCUCACCUCAUCGCCGAGCGCGACCGUCUCAACAAGGAUCUCGAGCACGCGCACGGCUCCAUCAAGGCGCUGGAGGCCGAACUCGACGCUUUGCAAGGCGGAUACGCCCGUGGCGUUGGCUCUCAACGUCGAUGAGCUUCGCUUUCGCGAGAAUUCUGCCGGAAAUGCCCUGCUGUUCGACGCUGCUCGCAGCACUGACCUUCUUCCUCUCUUGUUGCUUCUCUUACAAUGGCAGCGCUACACUGCGAUGUGCCGCAUUAUUCAGCCUGUCAUGAGCAAUGUACCGUCACGCUCGUAUUCCACCGAUUCUUCUUUGGGUAUCUGAAUGCCAUUCUGCUUUUGAGACGUUUCUGCGGUGUACAACUUGGCCUGACGUUGACAACGUUGUAUGUGACAAGCCAAUGCGAACAAUUUGCU